ACCCCGAUACAUUGACCUUGACUACCACUGACCUUCACUGGACACUCUCGAAACUAGGGGUGGUGACACAAUGGCAGCACAGAGUACCUGGAAGCCUCAUGAAAGCCUCACCCAGGCUCCCACCAACCUGAAGGAGGCCAUUGACUGGGUCCUGAGGGUAACUGGUAGGGAUGGUAAAGAGAACAAGGCAGCGCCGGCGCAGGCGCCGGCAAGCAGUAGUAAUGGCCCCCACUGUCUGUGCUUCUUGGCCAAGGCAGUGAAGGACCUACUGUAUGACGCCAAGGACCCGGGGUCCCCUGGUCCCAGCUCUGAGAGGUACUGGGAUGGCAUACUCCUAGAGCAGGAGAGUGACAUUGUCAAUCCAGUGCUCACGGACCUGGGACUCCUUAAUGGUGGCAGCACUGAUAGCACUACUGCUAGUACUACCUGCGCCGGUGGUACCGAGGUCAUAAAGGCACUGAUAUAUCAGUUGGCACAGGGACUACAGAAGUGGGUUGGGUGGCAGGAAGGGGAUACUUGUUGUUUGGGACAGACUAAAGGGGGUAAAAGUGACGGAAUUGGUAAAGGAUGUGAACGUACUGGUUCCGGCGUUGGUGGUAAAUGUUGCACAAAUGAUGAUAAGAAUAGUCAUGAAUGUUACCAAUGCGGUAAAGUUACUGCUCCUAAAAAAUGCUACCUUUCGGCCUAUUGCAAAAAGAGUUCUUCUAGUGGUGCCAGCCAGUCAGAUGGUGACUACUACUGGUCCGCCAUAUCCAGUGACUCCACUAAGGUCCACCUCCUGGCCCGUAUUUUCCUAGGGUCAGUAUGCCUCAUCUGGAGUGGACUCAGUCAGUUGGGGUUCCUAACGGGUGGGAGUGGCAAUGAUAGGUGGAGCAAGGAAGGAAAGCUACAUGAGGAGACUAAUGGUCUCGGCUCAUUCAUGGCGGCGAUGGGCUACGACCUGGAGAGGUUGAAUGGGAGUGGCGGAGGUGAUAAGACGGGGCAGUUUGUGCAAAAGUUACUAUCGGGAACGGAUCCAAGUGGAAAGGAUGGUAUCCAAUGGAAGGAAUUCCAGGGAGACAGUGCUACUAAGGGUAGUGUAGCUGAGUACUAUAGUGAAAUCUAUGAGAAGGCCAAGGAGGCUGCCAAGAGUACUACUGAAUCCAUCUGUAAGGACUACCCCCUAUUGGUACUCCACAUCCUGGCCAGUGGGUACUUCAGGGCAGGUAGUGCCGGGGCUAAUAAAGUACCUGUGGCGCCUUCGGCGCCAUCUAGUGAUCCUAGGAAACCUAGGACAAUCCGGGAGAUCCUAUACUGGCUCAGUGCAUUGCCCUAUAGUCAGGGAUACAAGGCACUGGUGGAGAGGAUGCAACAAAAGUAUCCUAGGAAAGAGGGCAAACCACAGGAAACAGCGACGGAAAUAGUGCUUCACGGUGAGCAGAAUGGCAAUACCACCCUCAAGAGGGACUGUAUUACCCACUACCUAAUGGCCGCCUGUGGCUACUGCCCACUGGUCCUCAUCAGUAUCCAGGGGACCAUAGCUACCAGUGGCAUUGAAAGUGCUCCUGCUACAGGUGCCGGAGGAGUUGCUGCUGGUACUGCGGAGAAUAAGUGCACCAAUUAUGGCAAGAAGAAAGAAGAAAAGACAGAUUGCAACAAAGAUAAUGAACUCACCAAGCAAGGAAAGGUAUGCUACAGGGGGUACCACCUGGCAGUAAAGGAUUUUGGCCCCCUCCACGGGAUGUACGCCAAUGGGCUCUUUGGCUUCCAGAUGGACCUUUCGGCCGCCCAGUGCCUGGACCAACUGAGGGUAUAUGUCUACCACUGCUUCUACCAGCUCUACUUCCUUAGGAAGCAAUGUGGAGCGGGGGUGACAGUGGACAAGAAGGCAGUGCUGGGCUGGCAGAGUUGUAGGUAUGGUUAUCAGGUAUCCACUAGGAAGGGAGGCAACACCGGUGGAGCCGAUACCAAGAACUGGAUGUGUAAGCCAUUGAGUAGUAGUGCUGGUAACAGCAACGGUAACAACCAAGGUGGUAGUCCUAAUCAGAAUAAUGGACAAAGUAACAAGUGCAACUGUCUGGGAGAGGGAGCUACCCAGGGCAAAGCGGGCACUCCCGGUGAUGGCUCACCCCUACAGAGCUUCUUGUGUGAUAGUAUCAAUGGGAUGCACUGUGGAAUAACAACGGGAUCCGGUGUGGAUAGGUAUCCUCCAAUAGAGGAUCAUAUGAAUUGUCCAGCGGGAACUGUUGGCCACUUUGGCGGUCCUCCAAAACACUGUCCAGUACCUAUGGGAUGGAGCGCGGAGAGUACUAGUGGCAGUGGUUCUAACAAGGAAAACCACUUCAAAGAUUUAACCCAGGGUACCCAUAAGACAGACAAACUGGCACAGUCACCACCAGGCACUAACACUACCUAUCCCGCCCACUGCACUGGGAAUACACUGUCACUACUACUGGAAUACUACUGUGACCCCGGAAAGUGCCACGGCACCCUAGUGGUACUCCUGAGACUCCUGGCAUGUAUUACUCCCACGGUGCCACGGACCCUGGGUGACCUCUUUGGGUUCUAUUACUAUAUAGUCUACAUUGGGGGAAAGAGUGGUGGUAGUGGUAAAAAGGAGGUGUAUACGAAGCUAGGAGAGCUAGAAAAAGAGGUGCUGCUCCAUAUGCGUCAAGGUAAUGAAGUGGUCCAGGCACUAACCACGUGGUCUACCGGUGGAGAUUGCAGUAAAGGCAAUGAAAAGAACCUUAAGUGCCUAACAGAGUGCACUACUGGUACUGGCGCCAAAUACCUCUCUCCUCUGAGUGGCCAGCAGUAUGGCCAGUUGAGUCCCCUGAUGGCCGGGACCUACCUGUCAUGGUUGGUCUAUUUGAUAGAGGGGUUCCAGGAAGGGUUGCAAGGACUGGUGCAGGAGUAUAAAAAUAUAGUAUGCAAAGAUAGUUGCAGUUUGGGUGUUCCAGGAGGAGCUGCUGGUGGAUGUAAUGGAGAUACGUGUAGAGCAGGAAGUCACGGUGACACGUGUAAAAGUGGUGGCAAUCAGGGAGUCUGUGGCUGCUCCUCUGUCGUAUCAUGUACCGGGGUAUUACCGGUAUUGUACAAGUAUGGAUUUGGGUAUGGUGAUGUCAGUAAGUUGCACCCUGGGACAGGUGUUGGUGAUAGCAACAAGAAGUGUCACGACUUCCUGGGAACACUAGAAAAGGUCCUACGCGGUGACCAAUUGGACAGCACCAAAAAAGGCCUCCACCAUGAAAUAAACCAGCUCAUCUACACCACCAGGCUCCCCUGGAUCUUUGUGCUGACCUUGGCCUGGCUAGUGGCAGUACUCUACCUUGCCUUUGGUGCCAUAUGGCCACUGGACUGGACACAUAUGAGGUCGCAUUGUAGGGGAUGGUUCGGGAAGGGCAGUCUGAGUCCAUGGGAGGUACUGAUGGUGGGUAAGAAGAAGGGAAGGGGGAUAUUGGAGUUUUUUGGUAAGACAUAGUGGCAAAGUAGUGGCGCCUUCGGCGCGAUA